CCGCGACCUCCCCACAUCCGGGUUCCUGUCAGCCGCCGCGGCGCCGCCGCCCGCUCCGCGUCUCGGGGAGGCGGUGGGGCAGGGAGGAGGCAGCAGCGAAGAUGGCGGCGGCGGUGGGGAGAGCCGGUUCCUUCGGCUCCUCUUCGCCCGGGCUCGGCUCAGCUGCCGGUUUUUCUUCUUCUCCUCCGUCGUCCGCCGCUGCGGCCACGACCAACAACAACAACGCGGAGCUGCGGGCAGGCGGCGAUGAGGACGAUGGGCAGAACCUCUGGUCCUGCAUCCUCAGCGAGGUGUCCACGCGGUCCCGCUCUAAGCUGCCAUCGGGGAAGAACGUCCUCCUGCUGGGUGAAGAUGGAGCAGGUAAAACUAGCUUAAUAGGAAAAAUUCAAGGAAUAGAGGAAUACAAAAAAGGAAGAGGAAUGGAGUAUUUGUAUUUAAAUGUGCACGAUGAAGAUCGAGAUGACCAAACAAGAUGUAAUGUAUGGAUUUUGGAUGGUGACUUGUAUCACAAAGGUCUUCUUAAAUUUGCAAUGGAGGCAAGCUCUCUAAAGGACACUCUAAUUAUGUUGGUAGUAGACAUGUCUAGGCCUUGGACUGCACUGGAUUCUUUACAAAAAUGGGCAAGUGUUGUAAGAGAACACAUUGACAAGUUAAAAAUUCCUCCUGAAGAAAUGAAAGAAAUGGAACAAAAGCUGGUAAGAGACUUCCAGGAAUAUAUAGAACCAGGCGAGGAUUUUCCAGCUUCUCCACAGAGAAGAAAUACUUCAUUACAGGAAGACAAAGAUGACAGUGUGAUAUUACCCCUGGGUGCAGAUACACUAACAUGUAACUUAGGCAUUCCAGUAGUAGUAGUUUGUACAAAGUGUGAUGCCAUCAGUGUUCUGGAAAAAGAGCAUGACUACAGAGAUGAACACUUCGACUUCAUUCAGUCACAUAUCAGACGGUUUUGCUUACAAUAUGGGGCAGCGCUUAUUUACACUUCAGUAAAGGAGAACAAAAACAUUGAUUUAGUGUAUAAAUAUAUAGUCCAGAAGUUGUAUGGAUUUCCUUUCAAUGUUCCAGCUGUUGUUGUGGAAAAAGAUGCAGUAUUUAUUCCUGCAGGUUGGGAUAAUGACAAGAAGAUAGGAAUAUUGCACGAGAACUUUCAGACACUAAAAGCAGAAGACAGUUUUGAAGAUAUCAUAAUAAAACCACCAGUCAGAAAGUUUGUUCAUGAAAAAGAAAUUGUAGCAGAAGAUGACCAAGUGUUUCUUAUGAAGCAGCAGUCACAGUUGGCGAAACAACCACCUACUGCUGCAGGAAGGCCAGUGGAUGCCUCUCCAAGAGUUCCUGGUGGAUCUCCUAGGACACCAAAUAGAUCCGUAACAUCAAAUGUUGCCAGUGUUACACCUAUCCCUACUGGGUCAAAAAAAAUUGAUCCCAAUAUGAAAGCUGGAGCUACUAGUGAAGGAGUCCUGGCUAACUUCUUCAAUAGUCUCCUGAGCAAGAAAACUGGUUCCCCUGGUGGCCCUGGCGGUGUGGGUGGUAGUCCAGGAGGAGGUGGCACUGGAGGUGCUGGCAGCAACUUACCACCAUCAGCAAAAAAGUCAGGUCAGAAGCCAGUUUUAACAGAUGUUCAGGCAGAAUUGGACAGAAUUUCACGAAAACCUGAAAUGGUCUCUCCUACAACACCUACAUCUCCCACAGAAGGUGAAGCAUCUUGAAGACACCAAAUAAAACCAAUUGUUCAGUUUUCUGGGAUAAUUCAUACUUGCCUCUGCCUCUUCCUUCAGUGACUGGAACUAAAGAACUGAAAUACCUUUCAGAACACAAACAGUUGAUGUCUGUCUUUCUUUCAUGUGUGUUGCCCAACUUUACAAAAGGGAGCUGUACAGAUGGAAAACAGUUAUCACAUCUUGUAGGAGUACCGUUCACAGUGCAAGAAUAGUAAAUUAAUUUUUUUCUGGGUUUUGUUGAAAAGUCAGUGUAAUUCUGUAAAAUUGCAGUAUGUCCACUUAAGUGAUAGGGGUUGCUUAGAGCAGCAAAACUGAUACACACCACAGGCACUUAAUUUAUAUUGAUUUCCCAACCUGUUAGGCAAGCUUAAUACUAUCUUAAAUAGAUUAACCUCUACAGGAGAGAGUUUUUGGAAGAAGUAAUUAAUUGCACAAAGCUCUAACAACAACAACAAACUCCAAUUAUACUUGAACACUUCAUUUGGAGUAUGGUUAAAAAAAUCUGUUUGAUCUCCACUGAGAUUUACACUGCAUUCAAAAACCCAUGCAGAAAUUCAUUGUGGAUAUAAGACUAAAUUAGUAGCCAGCUUUUUUGGUUUUUCUCUUUGAUUAAUUUCAGACACUGAAUAAAAGAUGUAUAAAGAAAAAGCAGAGGUUAAAUGUACAGAUUAUCAGUAUCCAGAUUUGUCUAUAUAUAUAUGGCUCAGCCUUAAUGUCCCCCACUAUGUUUCCCACAUUAGAUAUGGUUUAAAAUUGGUCAUCAAAACUGUAAUCAGUUAAUAAAGUAUUCUCUGCAUUCAAAUUUAAAUUAAUUUGCUUUGAAGCCAUGGUGUUCUUGUUUGUUGACAGUUAAAUCUAAGGAUGUGUAAAAUGUCUUAAAACAUGGUUUUAUAUUUUACUUCUCAGUGAAUAUCACUGGUAGAUAUUUAAACUUCCUUAAAACAUUGUUUCUGGAAGGAAGUGAUUAAGUUUGCAGUGUUUGUUCCUAGGAGUAAAACUAGUUUAUCCGACUUGGGUGGUUUCUGCUGUAAUGUGUUUUAAAAAAAACUAGUUACAUUAAGGAUCCUGCUGAUGGACUCCAGUAUAUUGUUUUAAGAAGUAGUUUGCCAAGGUCAGGACUUACUUAAGCUUUCAGUACACAAAUGUUGAGCAUCAUUUUACUGUUGUGUGCGAAGUUUGUGGUCACUUUCUACUGACAGCCACAGAACAGGAAGUGUAAAAAGUGUAUCCUGAUCAAACAAUUGCCAAGAGACUUCUUUAAUGAGUUCAGGUUUUCUAAUAUUUUUAAAUCAGGAAGUCUUAUGUUAAUUUCUCCCAUUACUGAGAAAACUUCUGAAAUGCUGGAGAGGAGGGGGAUAAAUCCCCUUUAUUUUGAACAUGGUCAUACUCUUCUCCAAUUCCUGCACUCUAGUGCUUCUAGUGAAUUACCUCCAUAUUUUCAAAAUACCUAAAUUUGCUUAAGAACAACGUACAUUUUGUUGCAUGUUGAACUCCCUAAAGUUAAGCAUACCUGUUAAAAUUGACUCAGAAUAUUGAACGGUGGAGUGACAAGUUUCAGUAGAGAUUCUCAACUAUGGAGCAGUUGUCUAAGCUGGAGUCCUUAAAUUUUUGCUUACGGCAGUGACUUCAGUAAAGGUGGCAUAUCGGGAAAUGUGUGACCUGCUGAUGAACAACUGUAUAGAAUAAAUGAAGAAAAAAAAAAUUAAGCUUUUGGUCACGGAUGCAUGGCAUGCAUCAGUAUCAGAGCAGUUCUCUAGAUGCUGUACGUAAACUUCUUGAAACAGAAUUUGAAAUGUGCUUGAGACAUGUGCUUCUGUCAUCACCAAUAUGCGUCCUCCUCCAGCUGCAGUGGCAUGUGUUGGUAGGGGGAAACUUUGGGUUUUUAGGGAAGCAUCUUUAACUAGUUGGUACUGUCCAAGAUUUUGAAAGAAAACUAUAGCUCCUGCAGUCUUUAAUUUAGUUCAUUUGAGCAUCUGUCAAAGCACAAUACCCUUCCCAAAGCUGGAAAACUAGACAUGUAAAACAUUGACUUACUGCACUAGGUGCCCUUUUUUUGUGGAGGCUGGGACGGGGGAAAACCUUACUAAUGACUCAUUAUAAUUUCACUUCUUAAAACAAAGUUGGCAAAAUGUCACUUCCGCAUUUUUAAAGCUUCUAAAUGUACUUCUUCCCUAAACCCUGACAGCUCUUUGUUUUUUGGGGUUUUUUUAAUUGUUACUUACAAAUUAUUAUUUACAGAAAGGCUGUCUCCCUAUCAUGCCUUUUCAUUCUAUAAGACUAAAGUAGCCUGCUUCCCUCCUUAAGGUUCAGAUUCUCUUAACGCUCCUGUCACUGUCUAUCUGCAGCCUGCUCAUCCUGUCUUGGGGGGGGGGGGCGGGAAGACUUUAAGGUAUCCUUAUCACAUAAGGAAAAUAUGUGAGAAUGUAUUCCUGUGUAAGCUGGUGGCCUUGGCUUCUUGUUCCCCUCUGAUGAGAACAAGACUACUGGCCUGGUUGUUUUGUCCCCUUGAGUUGCAAUUCCCUUGACUACUGCUUUGAUUAGAGUACACAAUUAAGGUGAGAUUUACCAGAACUAUCCUGCAAAAUGAGUCUCUGUGACAGAAGGCCCUUUUCACGAAAGGUGGUUCCUGUGAAUCCUUCUCCCUGUUCUCCUUUCUUCACCAUCAAUUCGGACACCAAAACUAAAUCAGAAAUAAAUUGGAUAAAACAAUGAAGCUAAUUUGGCAGCAAUACAUUUGCAUAAUCCUUUAUUGUGCUUUCAUGCUCUAAGCUGUAGAUAGGUUAAGUUUGUGAUGACCCCAAUUUUAAAGAGAAUAACAGCAUUGAUAACUUUAAUUUUGCUUCUAAUCACUCUUCUGUGCCUUUAGUAUUUUAGUAUCAUUUGGUACAAAGUUCCAGUCUGGCACACAAGAUGCAGAAAGCAAAGAGGUAAUACAAGAACUACAGGGGAUAAUUUUUUGAUAAAGAACAAUUAAUACUUUUUAAAUGCUUUGCAGUAUGAAUACUGCAAAAACACUACAAAAUAAAUAAACCAAAUAAAUUCCUUUAGCUUUUCAGGGCUAGUUCUGUGUAGGCAAGGAGAUGAUUAGCUUCAAACUAAACUGUUCUGGGGGAAUUUUACAAAUCUCUUCUUCCUUUUCUCUGCCCCAUUCCUGCAUCAGUCCUUUGAGUAUACUGGUUGUAAUAAAGCUGUUCUGCAGAUUUUAAGCUUGAAAAUUUUGAGUAAGUGGCCACUUUAUUUCCAGACAGUUCAUAUUUUUCAGCUGAAAAUGUCAGUCUCUGAAAUGUCCGUUACAGGGACUAGCUACCAUACUACACACUAACCUUGAAUUUCUAGAGACGCAUAUGAAAUGCAAGUACCAGGCUGUUGGGCUGCAGGCUCUUCUUAGGGAGCAAACUUGAUUUGCAGUAGGAUGUCUGCAGCUGCAGAACUGUUGCCUGUGGAAUACCUCAUGGCUUUAUGCUUCUCUGUGCCACACAGACACAUGCAGAAAACCACUGACAAGAGCUGGCCUAACCCCGCAUUUGAGAAGUGUGGAGAGUUGGAGGUUUGGUUUUUUUUUCCUCUUGUGACAUAAGGGAUACUCAGGAACAGCUGUUAAAAAUGCUAAUUCUUCAUCUUCGGCUGUUUAAAAAUCACACAUUCUAGCAUGUUAGCAUGGUAAUUGGGGUUUGUGAAGUUCAGUUGCAAUACUGAGCCAAAAAAUACAGCCUCAAGAGCUGAAGAAGCUUCAGCAGAUGCAACAUGGUCAAGUCUUUUCUAAGCUCUUUGUCGCAGCCCUUGGAAUAUUCCAUUUGGCAGCUAGUCAUCCCGUAUUUACUUCAUGUAUGAAUACACAGGGCUCGAGUCCCAAACAAAAGCUGUUGAGAUGCUGUAUGGGAACACCAGAACUGAGACCAGGGUGACAGACAUGCCGCUGUGACUUCAGUGGAACUCCCCAAAUUGUGCAGUAGCAAUAAACCUCAUCACCCUUCAAACGAAACCAAGCCCGGCUCCUUCAGUGGUUUGGGCUUUUAAGCUGCUUUCCCAUUCCUCUGCUUCCUUCUACCUCACCCUCCGAGAAGAAAAGCGAAAAAAAAACCCACCCUGCCCUCCAGAAUAUUUGUUCAUGAGGUCAGUGAAGCCCUGCUGCCAGUUCUGAGUGCGAGGGACAUGGGCUUUAGUGUCACGCUGUCACACAGCACAAAGCCAGUGCCAAAGAGCCACCGGGGCGCCACUAUGAAACCUGUGAUGGAGCCCCGGCCUGUAUCCACCUUAUUCCAGUGGCUGGCAUUUACUCAACUGCUUCGAGAAGCUCCAGUCACGCUUUUUUUUGGUAAAUUAUCUCAACAUCAGUGGCAAGGAGUGGUAACUGCCAUACAGCUAUACUGUCUACACUGUAAUCUCCCCUAAUGAGGUGGCUUUCUCAACUUAAUUGGUAUUGCUUUUUGGUCACUAUGGUGGGUAUCUUUGGAGAAGACGUAAUGAGGGAGAAAACUAGGUCGCUCAUGACUAAUCUGCUUCCACCGAUCUCCCACUCUCCGCCUGGCUGACUGGAGAUGUUUCCGUAGCUCAGGAUCUAACUCCUGGGCUGCUUCUCUGCCAGCGUGUCCUGCCUUUAGCUCUGGUCCUGCUAUUCCGGCAGAGGCCACAGGGGGCUAAGGAAGACUUCUCUUUUUGGAAAACUCUGUCAGGUGUAGCACAUAAACAGAAGGAAAUGAAUAGACGUACAUCU